GGUUACAAUAAAAGCCAUUUUUAUCGAAACCUUUGUGCUUUUCGAUGCACUGAACUUUUGACAGUAACUUUCAAAUAUUAUGCACACUUUAAAACAAGAAUAGGAGUUCUUGAAAUUUUUUCCUUUAAGAUCUUAAAAAAUCAGCCAAUAGCUGUUCAGUAGCUAGUAAAUUCGUUAAGGAAGCGAUUUGGAAUGUCAGAGUCGAGGGACUAUAUAUAACAGACUGAUUUGUAUUGAAUUGAUUAGCAUUUUUUACCCAGAAGGAAGCAUUUGGCAAAUUUGGUGCCGCAAUCAAAAAUGUCAGAAAUUAAAUUUCACACAUUUUAUUUAGUGGUAUCAACUUUGUAUGAUAUUUUCGCACUAAGUAAUAAUUUUCUUGCAGAUAAUCGUCAAAGUAAAUCGUCUAAGGAUAGAUAUCUUGGGCUAUCCAAUCCUGUGUUUAGCUCAAUAUCGAAUUUUUGACGAAAAAAUCUACAUUUAUGAUGGAAGGAAAGGGAAGGGAGGAGGCUCUUAAACCCAAAUUUUCAAAAUAGAUUUUGUUCUGCUCAUUCUUUGCUUUUUGUCAUGUAUGGUGUUCGAUACAGCACGAAGAUAUCUUACGAGGGAACCUUGCCAGGUGUCAAACUCCGUUUUUAAUGAUCUUCUGCCAGUUGAUAGGGGAAAGUGUUCUAGUUAAAACCCUUGUUAUGCCAUGCACCAGAGUCGUGCCAUAAGCGAGAAGAUCAUAGUUAAGGUUAUUGCAUCAGCCUUAGUCAACAAGAUAGGACAGUUCUAGGAUAGUGCAAGAACCUAGAAUAUGACGUGACGUCACAGUAUUGUAUAAUCAGGACAUCAGACUUCAUUUUUUAAGAGUUAAGUGCAACGGCUUAGUAUAUAUAUAUGUGCGUUUUCUGUGUAAUAGUGUGUGCUAUCUUUGUAUAAAGUUUUCUCAAAUAAACGUUAGGUGACAAAGAUAUAGUUUAUCCGAGAACCUACAACCCUAAAAGGAUUUGUGUCAAGAGUAAAGAUAUAAUCCAUACCUUUUCUUCCCUCAAAAAAGAAAAGCAAUAUCUUUUCUUUUGCAAGAAAAAGACUUUUCUUAAAAGGUGUAUAGAAAAGUAUUUUUCUUAAAAAAAGAAAAGAUAUCGAUUUUCUUUCUUUUAAAAAAGAAAAGAUACCACUUUCCUUUCUCUUAGGAAAGAACGGAUAUGCAUUGCAUUAUAUAUUUAUUCUUUUUUGUCGUAAAUAAAAAGAAAAACUUUUCUUGUAUUAAUAAAAAAAAGAGGUAGGAAAGAGAAAGUGACACCUCUAGUUUCAGCCUCUCUGGAAAAUAAUCAGUUGAAUUUUCACUGUUUUCAAGGAAAACCAUGUUUUCCCAAUAACUCAUUUUUCUUUUGGUCCUGUUAAUAUUUCCUAAUGGCAAACUAUCGUCUCUCUCCUCACUCUCUAUGAUUUAUUUAAUUUGUUUGUUUCGAUGAUGUAAUUGAUUCUCUUUGUGAAUCACAGUUAUCCCAUCAUUGUAAUGGUUUGGUACGAUUGUUGGCCGAUCUUUUUUGUAUCUGGUUUCCCAGCGAAACAAAAAACAUUCAUAACUUUUGAAAAAAGUACCGUGAAAACGAAUCCUUUUAGAGUUUUAACUAGAACAUUCUCCUCUGUCAACUGGCAUAAGAUCAUUGAAAACGGAGCUGGCCACCCGAGAAGGCUCCUUCGUUAGCUAUUUUUCAUUUUUUUAAGAUUUAAUUUCUCUUUCAUUUUGUACACGUAGAUUUUAUCUUCAUUCAUCUAGAAAUGGAUCAUGGAAAUGGAUCAUGGAAAUGGAAUUGAAUGUUUGCCAUCAGAAUUAUUCUACGAAUGCUUCGAUUAUUUGGACCCUCCAGAUAUUUAUCGUGCAUUCUAUAAUCUCAAUUUGCGAUUAAACACGAUUAUCGACGGUGCAAUAUUUCCGCAUUUAAAUUUAACGAAACUAAAUAAAGGAAAUCAGAUUCAAAAUUUAACAAAGUCUAUUUCAGCACAUCACGUUCUGUCUUUGAAUAUAGCUGCUGGAAAUGUUGUAGUGCUUGUAAAUACAUGUGUUUUAAAUAAAUUUAGCCAGUUACAAGCGUUAUCAAUAUCGAGUGUAUCUAAUUCAGUAUCAUUCAAAUGUCUGAUUGAACAAUUACCAAAAUUAGGACAAUUGAAAUCGUUGGAAAUCGAUCGUUGCGAUUUUGGAACCACUCCUAUGAGAGCAGAAUCAUUAAAAAUUAUUUUCAGUUUAUCGACAUUAAAACAUUUGUCAUUGUUGGAUGACUAUCAUUUUCUUUUGGAUGAUGAUGAUCCGUUUUCAGGCUGCGUACACCUUGAAACAUUAACAAUUAGUCUGAUAUGUUUUUCUAGUGUUUAUAGGUGA